AUGUCAGAUCAAUCCAUUGCGGAGUGGGUUAAUCCAUCAAAAAUCCAACAGGCAGGGAUGGGCCACUCCGUCAUGCAGGCGGAGCUUGCAAAAACCGGAGAGAAAGAAUGGUACUUCUACUGCCCGAGAGAUAGUAAGUACAGGAACAGCACAAGGCCAAAUAGAGUGACCGGGGCUGGGUUUUGGAAGGCCACAGGCACAGAUAGACCCAUCUACUCCUCUGACCAAAACAAGUGCAUCGGCCUCAAGAAGUCCCUCGUCUUCUACAGAGGCCGGGCCGCGAAAGGCGUCAAGACUGACUGGAUGAUGCAUGAGUUCAGACUCCCAGCUACUUCCUCUCUAGUCUCUCUUCAUCACCAUCACUCGGCCACCUCCCUCUUCAAGGAUUCAUUGGCCAUCUGUAGGAUCUUCAAGAAGACCAACUCGAUGGCGCAGAGAGCUGUCUCCCACUCCAACUGGGUCUCCUCUGAAGCAAUGACGACGACUCCGCCGGACUUCCACCGCCUCCUACCCCUUCCAAACUCCACCCAUGGCCAUCACCACGCUGUCGUCCCCUUCGUCUCCGACCACAUCAUGACCCAGCCUCCAACACCCUCACACUUGAUCAGUUGCACCAACGCCCGCUUCUCCUCUCAGUCUGCUGGAAUGCUGAUCGCCCCUGGAACAUUCUAUCUGAGGCUGGAAGGCGUCUUCAAUAGGCUUGAAGGUGCCUCCAGCGUGGCAAGUUUUAUCCAUGCGAAGAUAAACUUUAUCUUCACUAACAGUUACUGUUUGCCCAUUCGAAUGCACCUUCAAAGGGCUGAAGGUGUCUUCCACCAAAAAAAAGGCACGAGGCCGCCUUCAACACUGUUGAGAGCGUCUCCAGCAACUCCACAGCACUCCAUUUGCUUUUCCGCUGUUCUGAUCGCCUAG